AUGGCCGAACAACAAGCGCAGCAGCAACAACGAGCGUCUCUCAGAGCUGAGGAAUUUCCAUCGCUGAUGUCAGCAACCGCAACACCUGCCGGCCCAGCUGGUCGCCGCGCGUCACAAUCCGUCUCGAAGCGCAGGGCCAGCGAGAGUAGACAGCGUAGCCUUAGCCGUAAGGGGGGUACCACCACCACCAUCUCCAAUACCAACGCAACGACCAAGACCAUUAGCACCAGCAAGACCGUCGAUGGCAACAACAGCAGCAAGACGAGGGAAGACGAGGCGAUGGAGACGUUGAAGGAAGCCAACGAGGCACUCCGGCGCAAAAACAACGAGAUCGAGACGAAAGUCAGUAGGCAAGAGGCUACUAUUAACAAGAUAGCAAACGAGAUCUCGGAAAUCAAGAAGCUUCUGACGACCCGUUCCACCAACAACGAAACGCCCCAAGCGGUAUCAUGUGAACCCACACCCAGCAUCAGCAGCGCUGUACCACCGACAUCCGCUGAGAAGGAACCGGCACCGAAUAGACGAGCGACCGAGAACCUGAAGGAGCGCAAGCUCAACGAUCGGUUGGACAACCUGAAAGACAAGGUCGACCAAAUCGAGGAACACCUCGACGGGCUCGAAGAUUAUAUUAAGAGAACCUUCACCAAGAUGAUUAACGACAGGUUCGCCGCCAUCGACCUGACGUGUCAGCAGUUAACGAACGCAAUACAGAAAAUGACGCAGCACUACAAUCAGCAACAAUCAUGGCCGCUCCAGCAACAGCAACAACUACAGCAGCGAAGGGUCUCAGCCAGCACCGUGGCGGGGACUCACAGGCUCGUCGCCUGCGGGGACUUCAACGAGGCACACCCGGCAUGGGGAUAUAACAAGCAAGUGGCCAAGGGGCGAGACCUGUUCCAAGACACAAUAGACCUGGGCUUCACCCUCAUCACAGACCCGACUGAUCCUAUUGGGAACUCUGUGUCCAGGGAUACGACGCCGGACCUCACGUUCGUGAAGAACGACGAGAAGGGAAAUAUCUCCUGGCGCAAUACGGGGUCAGAGCUCGGCAGCGACCACUACAUCGUAGAGGUCAUCAUACCGGAGGAGGUCAAGGGCUCGGAGGACAAGAGAAAACAUAAUUUUACGGCUUGGGAUGCCUUCCGUAGCCUGUUACCAACGGAGAUGGAGGAAAUCGUGAACAUAGAAGAAUGGUCAGCCCACAUCGCGGGGAAGGUCAAGGAGGCGACCAAAAUCAUAGAAACGGAUGAGCAGGUCGACAAGGUUGACAGCCGCCUCGCGCACUUAAUCGAAGCAAAGCAAUCUAUCCCAAACAGGUGGAAGAAGCAACGACUAAAUCGGCGCCUAAGGAAGAAGGUGGCGGAGCUGAAUCGCGCCAUUGAAGUCCAUUGUCGGCUGCUAUGCACGCAACAGUGGAACGAAAUCUGUAACGCUGCGGACGGGCAGAUGCAUUGCGGCAAAACCUGGAACUUGAUGCGGCAUCUGCUCGACGAGGCUAAAACAAAAUCCCACCAACGCGACCGCCUCGCAAAGGUCAUUCACAGAGCAGUCAAGGAAAACGGGGAACCCGAAGUAAUUAGACGCAUAGACAGCAAGUACCUUCCGGUUACACCCACGGAAAGUCAUACCGAGUACGGCGGUAAAGCCAACGAGAAGCUCGACCGCGAGAUCAGCGUCGAGGAGGUUCGAGUGGCCCUGCACGAACUAAACAGCAAGUCGGUGGCCGGCCCGGAUCACAUCUCGAACAGAGCGCUCAAGAACCUCAGCGAUGUGGCCAUCGAAAACCUCACCGGUUAUUAUAACAAGUGCCGGAGGGUGGGGUCACUGCCCCAGCAGUGGAAGACUGCCAAGAUCAUCCUCAUCCCCAAACCAGGCAAGCCGCCGAACACGGACAACCUCCGGUUCAUCUUGCUCACGUCCUGCGUGGGCGAGGUGUUAGAGCGCGUCCUCAUGUGUAGGUGGCAGGAUUGCCUGGAUGAGUCGGGACUAUGCCCCACCACAAUCAUCGGGUUUCGGCGUUCCCUCGGCACCCAAGACGCGAUGAUUCUGUUGGAAGAUAUCAUUGACGAUGACACCCUAACGAAAGACAACAAGGCCAUUCUGGGGCUGGACCUGCAGAGCGCCUUCGACAAGGUGAAGCAAUCUGCGAUCCUAGCCCAGGUGUCCAGACUUAACAUGGGCGCAAGAACGUACAAUUAUAUCAAGGACUUUCUGACGGGGCGGACAACCAAGCUCUGCGCCGGCUAUCUACGGCUCCUAGAGAAGAGGCUCGGCAGUGUCGGGACCCCCCAGGGCUCGGUCAUCUCGCCGUUGUUAUUCAACCUCGUUAUGAUCGGAGUGGCCAAGCGACUCUCUUGA